AUGUCAGUUCAAGACAUGGAGCAAGCUGCAGGCUUCUCCUGGCUUGAUGCCCACCCCAUAUUUGUCAUUAUUCUCGUCGGCCCCAAUGAGAAGCCCUUUGGUAUACAGAAAGACUUUCUCUGUGCCAAGUCAUCGUAUUUCCGCAAGUACUUUAUCGAAAAUCCCGACGACAAGGUCGAAUGCAUUGUGAAGCUACCCACCGCGUCCGAGGACACCUUUGGCCACGCUCAGAACUUCAUGUACACUGGCAGACUUUCGGACACGGCAACCAUGCCUGGCUACGAUGUCCUGAUUGACGCAUGGAAGCUUGGCAACCAGCUUGAUGUUGAGGGUCUCUGUGAUGCUGUGCUGGAAGCCAUGAAUGAGUGUCGUCGUAACACCCACACCAUCCCGGCCACCCCCCUUCUUGUCGAGGUCUGGAAUGAGACACCUGAGGGGUCUGACAUUCGUAAGCUGCUACUUAAUUGGGCAGCUGAAUAUAUUCGCUCGUCCGAGUCUCGAAGCGAGUUCAGCAAGUCCCUGCCGCAAGAGCUUCUGAGCGAGCUGGUUGUGGCCAUGAGUCACUUGAAUUCAGCUCCGGUCAUUCGAGUCAGCAAUCAGUCGCCCGUCAACGGCGGCGCCCAGCGCAAGAAUGUCCACUAUUUAGAAGACGAUCACGAAGAUGAACGCAGGGCCAAGGCAUCGAAGCGCAGCCACUCGGAGGCGGGCUCACCCGUGGAACCAAAGCCCAAGGACGUUAAGCCUCGCGCCAGAUCUUCAUUACCCAAUUUGAAGGUUGUGAAAAGCCGCAAGAGCCACGGAAGUACCAACGGCAACGUUGAGCCUACAAAGGAGGAUAAGCUCGUUUUCUGUGCUGAUCUUCUGACCCGAAUGCUUAGUGGGCCGGGUUUUUGGACGCGCCUUGUCGGUCCCUUCCGCGAGCCUGUCAAUCCAGUUGAAGACGGCGUUCCAGACUACUUGGACAAGGUCCAAAAACCAAUGGACCUUGGCACAAUCAAGAAGAGGAUGGACAGCGCCGGAUACAACAGCGCUGAAGAGUUUGCCGCCGACGUCCGCCAGAUUUUCAAGAACUGUUAUACUUACUGGGACCGUAACACACCCAUGUGGGCGACAUGCGAGAAGUUUGAAAAGACAUUUGAAGAAAAGUACUCCGGAAUGAACAAGUGGAUCGCUAAGUUCGAUGGGGAGGAAGUCGGCUAA